CAGUCGGCCAUGGGAUUUACCAGACUUACACCGCAUUCCCGUACUACUGUUACUACUACUACUACUACCACGGUUGCUACUACUAUCAUUGCCGCUGCUGCAGUUAUUUACUACUACUACUACGGCUGCAGCUAUUACCGUGCUACCACAAGACCGACUGACCGGCACCGAACCGGACGCGCUCUGAAACGUUUCGCAAAGACACGUCCGUUGUAGUGAUAAAACAGCCGAACCGAUCGCACACGUGCUCCGCCGACGUUUUAUUAUUAUACGUUUAUUCACGAAUUCCGUCGUCACAGCUCCGAAGCGUUUAAAUCGGCCUACUCCUGUGACAUACGAUCUCUAGAUCAUCGCCGAUCCGAAUACCAAUUAUAGGAAACCAAUAUAACAUUGUGGAAAUGCAUUGGCUGUGUAAGUGUGUUAUCGGCUUAACAUUAUUGGCCACCACUACCUGGUCAGCGUCGUUGCCGACCGUAGCUCAGAAAUGUGUGCCCCCCGGACCGGGGCUGUCACUGAACGACUUCCUUUCCGGGAAGUUUUACCUGUUUGAACGGCAGCAGGAAUUCAGCAUCAAGCUCUUGCAAAACGCUGUGACUGCUUCACCGAAGCAGAACUUGAUAUUCUCGCCUCAUAGCAUAUACACGGCUCUUUUAAUCACUUAUUUCUUAAGUAACAAUGAAACGGAAGAGACCUUAAAGCGUUUCCUCAACAUACCACCAGAACAGGGAAAACUAAGCGUGAUGCAAGCAUACCGUAUGGAAAAACUGUUCCAUUCAAUGAGGGCGUUGAACACCAGCGCAGAUUACGAUUUCAGUUCGGUUGACCGUCUUUUUGUUUCUAAAAGACUUCCGAUACAAAAGUGCAUUGCCGACGUAUUUAAGGACGAGGUGCACAAAAUGGAUUUCGUCGUUGAUCCCGAACUUGCUCGCAUGUACAUCAAUAACUGGGUGGCCAACCAGACCAAUCAGCAAAUAAAAGAUCUGUUACCCGAGGGGAGAAUCUCGUAUGAGACAAGACUUGUGCUGGCAAAUGCGGCGUACUUCAAAGGCUUUUGGAGCUCAAAAUUUUCCUCUGAAAGCACAAAAGAUGAGAUAUUUUAUACGUCACCAACAGAAAAUGCGUAUGUUCCGAUGAUGUGGCAAUCUGGUCAUUUUAAUCUACUGAGCUCUGACGAGUUGGGUGCGCAUGUACUGGAACUACCAUACAAAGGCGGCGACAUCAGCUUGUUCGUGAUCCUGCCACCUUUUAACAAACAGCGUGGAAUUAGUCAGCUUACUAAGAGGCUUAAUACAAACAUAUUGCAAGACAUUGUUUCGUCAGGUGAAUGGACAACGCGGCCCGUCGAGGUGUCUCUACCCAAAUUUAACGUCGAACAGAGUAUGGACAACCUCGUGCCGAUACUGGAGCAAAUGGGAAUCGGAGACAUGUUCAAAGGCAACGUUGAUCUGUCGUCGUUGACCGGUAACGCGAACGACGUGACCGUUGACGAUGUCGUACACAAGGCAAAAAUCUCCAUAGACGAAGAAGGCACGAUCGCCGCGGCGGCAACGGCGUUCAUAAUGUCCCGGUCGUCCAGGCCGGUGGAGCCCUUCAAGUUCCGGUGUAAUCAUCCGUUCAUCUACUUCAUAUUUGACAAGGUUACCGGGUCGGUACUGUUCAUGGGCGUUUACAAUUCUCCGAAAUCUAACUAGAUUUCAUACCAUAUAUUAUUAUGUCGUCAGACGUGUAGUGCACUUAAUGAAACAAGACACGGGGCGUAGGACCGUAUAAGACAACCUAUACAUUGUACAGGAUCAUGAUCGUUGGCUAAUUAUGACUUAGUUCCAAGAUGUAAAUAUUCAUACACAUUUUAGGUUUAGUAUUAUUAUUAUUAUUAUUAUUAUAUGUAUGUAAAUAUUAUAUUAUUAUUAUGCUGUAUUCUAAGUUUACGGCAAUUGUUUCUAAUUGAAUGUCGGUACAUUGUCCUGUAAAACCGAGAACGUAAACCCGUUCACGACUGUAUCUAUUUACACCAUAUUUUACGUAAUUAUGUCACAUCAUAUGGCACUCGAAAGUACUUUCCGAGAUUUAGGUUGAGAGGAAUCCCUCAGGAAUGUAUCUUAAGUGGAAGAAUAUUUUCGUAAAUCUAUGUUUUGGAUUUUAUUUUUUUUGUAUUGUAAAAUAUAUUAUUUAUAUACUAAUGUACUGAUAAAAAAAAAAAAAAAACAAUAUUUAUAUUAUGAGAUAAGCACCGUAGUCUGACGUCGAAUCAAUAUUGUGCCGUCAAACAUUGUAUUAAUUAUUAAUAAGAAAACGUCACAUUUCUCUCAUUUAUGGCGUUUAUCGGAAGAUAAUGCAAGUGUAGUUAUAAUUUAUACGUGUAGUUUAUACGAUUAUGUAUAUUAAUAUAUGCGUGAACAAAUAUAUUAUAAUAUAACACGGUAAAAUGUAUUCGUUAGACAAUAUAAUGUUUUGUACCCAUGUUUACUGUUUUGUAAGAGAAAUAAGUAGAUUACACGAUGUUGAUGUACAAUAUAAUAAUUA